AAAUAAAGCAUGUUCUUAUAGCUUUAGCGCUUGUAUGAAGUAUAAUUAUUAGAUCACGGUGUAACCUGCAUCAACAAGUAUCGGCCAUAAAUAAAAUGCAGUAGGAAAUUUGCUAUAUAAACAUCUCAUAGUUCGGCAGGAGUCAUUCAUAGACAAUUUGUUUAACCGCUCUAGGGGCCAUUUGUAUAUCCUGUCCCGGGUGUGCUCUUCGCAUUACAAUGGCGACCGAACCCAAGGUUCCGCGUACUGCUAAUGAUUCUGGCGCCGACGGCGAUAUGGGUGCCGGCACCAACGCUAUCAUUGACGAGAUAGAGGAGGUUCAGAACGCCAUUGACAACCUAAACGAGCAGGCUAGCGAAGAAAUACUUAAGGUUGAACAGAAGUUUAACAAGCUCAGACAUCCACACUUUGUGAAGCGAUCGGAAUUGAUUUCAAGAAUCCCCAACUUUUGGUUAACCGCCUUCGUUAACCAUCCCCAGCUCUCCGACCUUCUGACUACUAAAGAUGAAAAUGUUCUCAAGCAUUUACGUAAGGUAGAAGUUCAAGAGUUCGAGGACAUUAAGUCUGGCUUCCAGAUUAAUUUCCACUUCGACGAAAACGAGUGGUUCAAGAAUCGUGUCCUAACAAAGGAGUUUCACCUUGGCGACGCUGGCGAACCCUCUUCUAAGUAUACGAAAAUCGAAUGGUAUCCAGGCAAAGACCUAACCACGAAGAGCGGCGCCGGCAAGAAGAACAACGGGGAGCAGCUCAAGAAGCGCUCCUACGAUGACCAAACACAGGACAGCUUUUUCUGCUGGUUCACAGACGAGUCUUCGGCAUUUGGCGAUGAGCUCGGUGAAGUUAUCAAGGACGAUCUGUGGCCCAACCCUCUGCAGUAUUACCUUUCACCUGACCUGGAUGAGGAAAAUGAGAACGACGACGACGACGAUGAUGAAGACGAUGAUCAGGACCUCGAUGAGGAGGAAGGCGGAGUCGGCGAUGUGUAGACACAUGCAAUACAUUGCUUGAACUCUGCAUUCUUCAGUGUUUGUUUUGAGCGUCUGAGCCUGUCUAAGACAUCGCUUAGCACGUCGCACCAAGGCGAACCUGAUUCUGUACAACGGCAAAUAUGUAUUUGUUUCUUGAGUGACCUGUAUAUCACACGGUUUUAAUGUUUAACAUCUAUAGCGUUUUCGCCGCGUUUUGCAUUUAAUUGUCGUCACUUGCACCGCAGCGUCUAGGUUGCUGUCUUCGCCCGGAUUUGUUUUGAUAAAAGACUGCAUUGCGCUUUUGUAUCAAUGAUAUCCAUUUCAAAAUAAGCCGUUGGGUGGAA